GAACAAAUAUUGUGGACGAAGUGACUUGUGUGUAAGGGCCGGGGUGUAGACGACAGAUCUUGGCUGUAGUCAGAGCAAGCGAGCCACUGUUUGGAAAAUCUACAACGUAAGGGAAAAACUUCUUGUAAUUCCUUUACAAGCAUCAGCUCAGUCCUACAAAUUGCCCUAUCACGGAGCCAAGAGCUGCCACAAGCCUGUAUCUGGGUGCCAGUUAGUCUUGAGAGACUAACUAACUUACUAACUUCAGCUUCUACCAGAUUCUAUCCAAAUGCUGAGGGAGAGCCAAAUUUUGGAGCAAUGAAUGGAAGGUAGCUGGUAGGAGCUAAGUACAGUACAAUAGUUAUACCUAGCCACUGUGAUAAGAAUACUUCUGCUUGCACUCACAGUAGAAAUAUAAGUUCAUCCAAUGUAUCGGAGCACCUGCCCGGAAUGAUACGUGCGUACAUCCCUCGGUAUCGACAAGUAGAGGGUGAGGGAGGCAGGAGUCAUUAUGUGUAUUGCUUAGAAGUUUGCUACGUGGGACGUGUCCAUAAAAUUGAGAAAAGAUACUCUGCAUUCCAUAGUUUAUACAAAGAGCUGUGCAAGCUGUAUCAAACUGCAGAAUUUCCUCCCAAACGUUUACGCAACACAACUCCUAAAGUCUUGGAAACUCGUCGAGCGGGCUUAGAACUCUGGUUACAUUCCACUCUGCUGCUACAACCAGCUCCACCAGCAUUAUUAGCAUUCUUACAAGUUCAUAAUUAUCAACCGCCACGUCAGGAAUGUGAUGAUAAUGGGUUUGAAGGAAGCCCUUCCCACCAACCUCUUCUUGUUUAUCCUCAUGACCCUUACGUAACAACCCGUGCUAGCACGACACCCACACUUACCAGCACCGUUACGAAGGGGGUCCUUACAGCGCUCUAUGACCAGAGUUUCCGUAUGCCUUCUUGAAGCUACGUUCAAGAAAGUUAUUCAUGUGACGGAAUUAAGUUUAGAUGCCAUUCUGUAGGUGACAUAUUUUGAAGGUGGAUUGCAUUACUGUAUACUGUAAUAUCAUACAAGUAAUGUAAAAUGUUAAGAUACUAAUUAUAUAUUUACAAAUUGAAUGAAUUUUCUUACUAAAUUUUCAUUAAGGUAUAGACAGUAUCUCAGAAUGGAAGGGAGACAUUUAAGGUUCUGGCAAUGGAUGGUGUUUGGAAUGUUGUGGUUGGGUUAUGGAUCAACUUACCUUCUGCGCAAGCCACUUGGAGUGAUAAAAGCAGACCUUGAGAGUGGGUUGAAAGUUAGUUCUGCCAGCCUGGGGUGGGUAGAUACAGCACUUCUUUUGCCUUAUGCUGGAGUAUCCCUUACUCUCGGGUCUUUGGGUGACCGUUUGGGGUCACGUAUAACUUUGGCUGGGGGUUUGAUUCUAGCUGCUGCUGCUACAGCUCCAAUGACUGUGUGUCAAUCUCUUCCUUCAUUACUAGUAUUACUGGCCUUCAGUGGAGCCAGCCAAGCAUUGUGUUGGCCUGCUUGCUGUGCUUUAUUGUCCCGCUGGUUUUCUGAUGCCUCUCGUAACUCCGUUUUUGGGAUGUUUGGCACAUGCUGUUUUGUUUUUGGGAUGGCUGGGACUGGUCUGGCAGUGUACUUGCAGGCAACUUAUGGGUGGCGCUCUGUAUUCUUGCCUCCAGCAGUAAUUGUAACCAUUUUGGGCGUGUUAGUGUUUGAGAUUGGUAGAAAUCCAAGUGAGCGGGGUUUGGUAGUACCAGGUCGGGCAGCUAAUCAGCAGGUGCCACAAAAUAAAACUAAUCCAGAAAGUAAGAUGUCCAUGAUGGCAGUAUGGAAAGUGAGUCUUGUGCCAGAAGUAUCUAUUGCUAUGUUCUGUGUGAAAUUUGUGCGGUAUGCUCUCAUGUUUUGGCUGCCGUUUUACCUUUUGCGUUCGCUUAAUUAUUCCAAAAUCAAUGCUGGUCUAGCAUCGACUGCCUUUGAAAUAGGUGGUGUAAUUGGGAGUGCAUUUGUUGGUGUGGUUGUUGACCGUUGGAUGAAGGGCCGUGCCAUAUUAACUAGUGCGUUGGCAGUUAGUGGAUCAGCGCUUGCCUUGUUGGCUUUUAUGGCUACGGCCUCCUGGGGCCCAAUUUUUCAUGUGAUUUUUCUGGCUCUUGUAGGUGCCUUGAAUUGUGGCCCAGAUAUUCUACUCUGUGGUUCAGUCUCGGCAGAUAUUGGCGAGCGGGAGGGAGGCGCAGCAUCUGCAGUGACAGGUGUAGUAAAUGGCAUGGGGUCCUUGGGGACUGUUCUAGAGGGCCCUCUUGUAUCUUUUGUCGCAGCAAAGUUCGGAUGGUCAUCCAUGAUGCCUCUUAUGAUACUACUAUCGUGUUUUGGGGCCAUUGCUAUUUUCCGUGCAAAUGUUAUUCACUCGCGCAUUGAAGGUCGGGUCAAACUCUCUUCCUUGAACUCGGUACCAUGAUGGCUACUUUAUCCUUGCUCAUCUUUUAAGAGGCAUUCAAGAUCAUGUAUAGUUUAACCUCAUAUGUAUGCACUCUAGUAUAUUUUAUAAUGUAUGUGCACUGUAUUUAUAAAAUAAUCUGAAAAAAUUGUUCUGAUUUAUUUUUUGUUGUGAAUAGGUGCUAUGAAAUUGUACAGCAUUUCAACAUGUAUAGACAAGGUGGCCAAUGCUGCAGAAUAAGGAUUUUGAAUUAAGUAGAAUAUGAGAAUGAUUGUCCACAAAUGCCAGUGACGAUUAAAGUUUUUAUCUAGUGAAUUGAUCAUUAAGUUAUUAAAUGUUAUAGCCAUGAUAAGUAGUUACAUCAGGAUGUGACUGUAACAAUGUUAGCAUUCUCUGUAUGCAUGAAUAUUACUGUCAUUUUUGUAUUUGAUCAAAAAUCCUAGGCAUAAUUGUAAUAAAGUCCUCAAUAAAUGUAUUCAGAGUGUAAAUUUUAAAAGUUAGUGUCUAAAGUAGUCCUGUAUACCAAAGAUAAAUGUUGAACUGUGAUUCUUGUUACUUUUUUGAUGACAUGAAUAAACAUUAGAAAUAU